ACGGAUGUAGCCACGAGCGUGACGAACGCCUCUUUCGAAAAUACAACAAGGAAGUGAUCGUUUAUUGUAGAAUAAAAACAAUUACCGGGGGCAAAAAAUAAAAGCAUCUCCUCUGACCUGGAGGGGAGGGUCGCUCCGCAUGUUUGUCGGGUGUCGGGGGAGCUGAAGUCACCGUGGACUCGCCCGAGAGUCCGCUUUUUCCCCCCCCCGAUCGACUCGAAGGAUUCUGCUAUACAGCUAGCCUGCUAGCUAGCUAGCGAUGAACACGGACGUGGAAUUUCACAUCAGGCAGAAUUACCCGUGGAACAAGCUCCCAGCUAAUGUCAAACAGAGUUUGGGGAACUCACAGCGUGAGUAUGAGAAACAUGUGCUUCUGUACAGCAUCCGCAACCAGCUGCGAUUCCGCAAUAACCUAGUUCGCCAUGUCAGGAAGGAUGAGCGCAAGUAUUAUGAGGAGCUGCUGAAAUACAGCCGGGACCACCUGAUGCUGUACCCGUACCACCUGUCGGACAUUAUGGUCAAAGGGCUACGAGUCACUCCGUUCUCUUAUUACAUAGGAAUCAUGGAGGAUAUAAUGAACAGUGAGAAGAGUUAUGACUCCUUGCCCAACUUCACUGCUGCUGACUGUCUGAGGCUGCUUGGCAUUGGGAGAAACCAGUACAUUGACCUUAUGAACCAGUGCAGGUCCUCCAAAAAAUUCUUCCGCAGGAAAUCGGCCCGGGACCUGCUACCGGCCAAACCGGUGGAGAUUUCUGUGGAGCCGUGGUGGGUGGCACAAACUGGCUACAUCACUGAGGAAGACAUUAAGGUUUGUUCUCCAGCAGAGAAGAAAGCCAUUGAUAAGAUGAUCGAUUCAGGUCCUCAGCUGGCUGGAACAAUGGAGUACAAUGUGGUCUUAA